AAUAAGCAAUAAUCUCUAAAACAAAACAAAAGGUUCUGACUUCUGAGUGCGCUUCCGACUCCAUGGCUGCGCAUUCUUCAGCUCUAUCAACACCCUCAUUCAGAGGCGCCGAGAAUUCUAAACCCAAUCUUCUAAACUCUUGCUCGCUUCCCUCCAAUUCACCUCUCAUAGUUUCACUUCCUUAUCGCCAGCGCCAGCGCAAGACAUUGAGAAUUUCGGCCUCGGUUUCGGUCUCCAACCCAGAGGUGCGAACCGGUCCCUCUGACCUUGUUGCGUCUAUCCUCUCCAAGGUAAUACAAACAGAUAGAGGAGUUUCGCUAAAAAAAGAAGAACACAAAGAGGUAGCUGCAGUGGCUGAAGAAUUGCAGAAAUAUUGUGUUAAUGAGCCUGUCAAAUGCCCUCUUAUAUUUGGAGAGUGGGAUGUGGUGUACUGUUCAAAUCCAACAUCACCUGGGGGUGGCUACCGGAGUGCAUUGGGCCGCCUUGUUUUCAGAACAAAGGAAAUGAUACAGGUUGUUGAAGCUCCCGACAUUGUUAGGAACAAGGUCUCCUUUUCUGCUUUUGGGUUUCUGGAUGGAGAGGUCUCUUUGAAAGGAACACUGAAGGCUCUGGAUGAUAAAUGGAUACAAGUUGUAUUUGAGGCACCUGAACUGAAGGUAGGAGCAUUGGAUUUCAGAUAUGGUGGUCAGAGUGAGGUCAAACUCCAAAUCACAUACGUAGAUGACAAGAUAAGGUUGGGGAAGGGCUCGAGAGGUUCUCUAUUUGUUUUUCAAAGACUCAAUUAAACUGUAUGAAAUGUUUGUCACGGGGAACAUUUUUCUCCUUCACUACCUAAUGUAAUAUCAGUGGUUUUGCACCAUAAGCAAGCUUCUUUGCAGGGUCUGUUAUGAUAAUUAUGACGGCACCUCAUGUAAUGAUGUUAAUAUAUGUAAUAUCAGUGGUUUUGCACCAUAA